AUGGACUCCGCGGCCCAUAAGCGAAAAUAUGCCGACGUGAGCUCCGACGACGACGAAGCCGACUCUCCUCCCCGCGCAUCUUUCCGAGGCUUCAACCGUGCCGCAUCGCGUUCUGAAUCUCCUCCGACAGGCGGUCUGGGUCUGGGGAUGGGCUCGGGGAUGGGCCGUGGUCGUGGUCGAGGCUUAGGCAUGGGUCAGAAUGCUUGGAGUAACAAUGCGACCAAGCAGACCUCCGGAAAUGGCGCGGCCAAUUCUUUCGGUGCCCGCAUGUUGGCCAAGAUGGGUUAUGUUCAUGGCCAGGGUCUUGGAUCAAGUGGGCAGGGUAUCGUGAAUCCGAUUGAAGCUCAGGCUCGUCCGCAAGGUAUUGGUCUAGGCGCGGUUCGCGAGAAGAGCAAGGCAGCCCGUACCGAGGAGAAACGCGCCGCAGCCCUGCGAGGCGAAUCCGUCGAGGAGAGCUCCGAUGAGGAAUUCAAGAGGAAGAAAAAGAGGCAGCAGAGAAAAGAAGGUGGGCGUGCUGAGGGCCAGGAUAAGCCUAUGGGGAGGAAGAAGCCCCAGUUCCGUACUGCUCGCGAAAUCGAAGCGGACAUGGAAGGCCUCGAGGUGCCCAACGUGCUAAAGUCCCUGAUCGAUGCGACGGGCAAGGAACAGAGAGUAUUGACCUCCACAGCCGGUCUCAUGGCGCCCGUGGACUUUGUGAACACAGAGCAGAGCGAAGCAUACAAGAUUGCACGCCGUGCUCGCCAGGACCUAGAAGCCUUCGCCGACGAAUGGAAAGGUUUGACGGAGAGGAAGCAAUACAUUGAACAAGACGAGGCUCAAGUUGUGGACCAAUUAGAUACGAACCAGCGCCAAAUUGAUCAACUAUCAGGCCUGGUUGCCGCCUUCGGGGCUCUUGAGGUCAUUCCCGAGGAGCGCAGUGACAGCCCGCAAGCGAAAAUCGACUAUGUUACUGACCAGCUGGAGUCGCUGGAAAUCCAAUACAAGGCAGAAAUCGACGAAUAUAGGCUAUGGGAGACUGCGGUUGCCGCGCUCCAUCCUCUGUUCCGAGAAGCCAUGGAGGAUUGGGAGCCGCUCAAAGCCCCUACCUUCCUCGUUGCCAAUCUACGCCGUCUACAACCCCUUCUAUCUCGAAAACCUAGCGAUGGGCAACUCGCGCAGCGCUCGUCGACAUCUCCUUAUGAAACCAUGAUCUACACCUUAUGGCUUCCGCGCGUACGAUCCGCUCUCCUCAACGACUGGGACGUCUUCAACCCGUCACCCGCCACCACCCUUAUCGUCUCAUGGAAAGAACUCUUACCUCCCUUUGUCUAUGCCAACGUCCUCAACCAGCUCGUGGUCCCUAAACUCACAAACGGCCUCAAAUCCUGGAAACCCAAACGCUCCUCUUCGUCUCAAUCGCAACAAACCUCUCGCGUGCCCUGGUGGCUUUUCACAUGGCUUCAAUACCUUGAUGAGCGACAUACAAACCCAAAGCAAGCCACAGGCCUCCUCUCCGACGCCAAACGCAAGUUCCGCGGCGUACUAGACACCUGGGAUCUUAGCGCCGGCCCAGCGCCGGGCUUCGAUCUCUGGCGCGACGCCCUAUCCUCCGAAUUCGAAAUUUGCCUGCGCAAUCAUCUCCUCCCCCGCCUCGCCGCCCACCUCCGCACCGACUUCGACGUCAACCCGCAAGACCAAGACCUCACUCCCGUCGAAAACAUCUUCAAAUGGAAAGACUGGUUCAAGCCAAACGUACUCGGCCUCCUCUUUGUCGCCGAGUUCUUCCCCAAAUUCCACCAAAUCCUCUACGUCUGGCUCACCAACGACCCGAACUACGAAGAAGUCGCCGAGUGGUUCACCUGGUGGCGGUCUCAGUUCCCGUCUGAAAUCAACGACCUUGAGAUCGUAGAUGAGGAAUGGAACAAGGCGCUCCGCACCAUGGACUUGGCUGCCCAGCUGGGUGACCGCGCUGCAGAAGAACUACCUCCUCCCUCCUCCACCUCCAAACCAUCUAAACACACACAAGCCGCAUCUCAGCCACAACCAUCAAUACCGUCAGAACCACCAGUCACCCGCAAACCAAAAGUCAUCGAAGAGGUCGCCUUCAAGGAUAUCCUGGAAACAUGGUGCGCAGAGGAGGGCCUCAUCAUGCUCCCGCUACGCGAAGCACAUCCCCAAAACGGCCAGCCUCUAUUCCGCAUCACGGCCAGUGCAACGGGCAAAGGUGGUGUUGUGGCGUUUAUCCAGGGCGAUGUCGUGUGGGUGCAGAAUAAGAAGGAUAAACAAGUAUGGGAGCCGAUGGGGUUGGAGGAACGGCUCGUGGAACGUGCUGAGGGGAGAUAG